AUGGAGGCCCGAGUGAGGCUGUUUAUGGAUGACCGGCACCUUCUGGGCCACAAGGGCUCCAUCCCUAAUGAUGGGUCUAAGGGCCGGCACUCAGCCAUUGCACUCCCCCUUCACUGCCCAAAGCACCACCCAGAGGCUCCCAGCAUGGCACACAGCUGUUUCUCUGGGCCCUGCUUGCCCUCAGCCUCCACCAACUCCAUCUGCUCCAGUGAUAUGAGCCGAAACAGCAACGUCUGCAUGCCCAGCUCGUGCCUGGGGGGCUCCUCCUGGCAACUGGACGACUGCCCAGAGAGCUGCUGUGAGCCCUGCGGCUGCAGCGGACCCUCCUGCUGCCCAGCCCCGUGCUGCCCUCCUGCCUCCAGCCUCACCCUCGUGUGCCGACCAGUCUGCUGUGUGCCCGCCUCCUGCCAGCCCUGCCCAGCUGUCUGUACCCUCUCCUGCUGCCAGUCCACUGGUUGUGGGGCUUCCUGCUGCCAAACCUGUCCCAGUGCCCCCAUACAGUCCUGUUGCUGUGUGCCCAUGUACUGCAAGCCCAGCUGCUGCAUCUCCCUGCCUGUGUGCUGCAAACCCAGCUGCUGUGUGACCUCUGCCUGCCCAGUACUCUCUUGCAGCCCAGUGCCCUCCUGCUGCCAGCCUCCCUGCUGCCAGCCUGCUUGCUCCCAGCCACUGAGCUGUCGACUAGUGUGUAGCCCAGCCACCUGCUGUGUGCCUCUCUCCUGCAAACCCACCUGCUGCACCACCUCUUCCUCCUCCUGCUGCUGUGGUCCUUCCUGCUGCUGUGCCCCAUCCUGCUGCCACCCCACCUCCUCUGUGUCCCUCAUCUGCCGGCCCACCUGCUGCAGACCCUCCUGCUGCUCCAACUCCUGCCUCCACGUCAGCUUGCAGUAUGCACCCCACAACUUCGGCUCACAGAUUCCCUCCAGGCAACCAGAACACACUGUGCAGAGGCCUAUAAAAGCCUUCAUCCAAGUCGAAGAAACUGUCCAAACCCAGAUCCUCCUCCUCCUCUUCCUCUGCUCCUCUCCUGAAAGGCCCCCCAGCCCAGUCACCAUGUGCCACACCAGCUGCUCCACUGGCUGCCAGGCUCCCUGCUCCGUGCCCCUGUGCUGCAAGCCUGUCUGCUGUGCCCUUCCCUGCUGCCACCCGGCCUGCUGUGUGACCCUGCUGUGCCGCCCACUGUGCCCUGUGGGGCCCAGCUGCCAGGCAGUCUGUGGGGGUGGCAGCUGCUCACCCUCCUGCUGUGUGUCCAGCCCCUGCCAGGCCUCCUGCGGCCAGGCUGCUCCCUGCAGCUCUGCUUGCUGUGUGUCCAGCCCCUGCCAGUCAGCCUGCUCUGUGCCCGUCUGCUGCAAGCCCACUCUGUGUGUGCCCGUCUGCUGCAAGCCGAUAGUCUGUGGGGUGCCCUCCUGCCAGGCCUCCUGCUGCCAGCCAGCUUCCUGCACCUCCCUGGUCUGCAGACCCUCCUGCUGCUGAGCACAAAUAAGCCUGGAACAUUGCCAGCUCGGGUCGCUGCGGGCACAGCCUCUUGGGCCUGAGCAGGGGCGUCACGCCCAUCCCACCUGUUGGAGUCAAGCCAUGGUUCUGGGGGGCUCCCAUGCCAGGAGGCUGUGGAGGCCACUUUGCCAUUGUCAGACAUCAUCUGGGCCUCACCAGACCCCAGAGGGCCCCCCACCCCCAGGGAAUCUUCCCAACCUCCCUGAGGAGGACUCCGGGGACACAGGCUCUGGCUCUCCUCAGAGGCCCCCCUUGCCCCGUGGCCACUCCAGCUUCACCCACCCCAGGGGUGUCCCCAACGCAAACAUAAUAAAUUCCAAGGACACACUUCUACAAAGCACUGGGUGCCUCUUUUCUGAA